AUGGUUGGAGAUUUGGGCAUGAUCCUUAUGCUAGCCUCCUUCACGGGGUACGUCCCUAUCAAAAGAACACUAGCUGUGUUCUUCCCGACGACAACACUGUCCGCGGAUCGCAACGGAAUGGACUUUCUUCAAAUUAGCUACCUCCCGGCGUUCCCCAUGUUUGUUGCCACUGACCAUGGAGCUCUCCACUGCGGAGACACCCCAACGCCCCGUGGUGAACUGAGUGGGUUUCUGAUAGCGACCAACAUGUCAAUGAUGACCACUGCCCAAUCCUACAUCGCAGCCGACCUGGAUGCCUUCGCAGAAGCGACUUGGUUCACAUCAGCUUACAUGAUCGCAAUGUCCAGCGUUACGCCAUUAUCAGGACGACUCUCGGGGAUCUUCACCCCGCGUCUCUAUGUUCUCUUCUCAGGCUUCCUUUUAGCCGCAGGCCUGUUCGUCACUGCAGCUGCUCCGACUUUAGCAGUCUUUCUUCUCGGUCGAGUCAUUACGGGCGUUGCUAGCGGCGGGCUGAUGAGCGCAGCCAUCAUCUUGGUUCUCGAUUUGGCAAGCCCAAAACGACGAGGCUUGUUUAUUGGCCUCAUCAACGCUGGUUACACGACGGGUGUAGCUUCAGGUGCUGUUCUUGCAGGCCUGUUAACACCGAGAGUCGGAUGGCGCUUCCUAUUUUGGAUCCAGGCUCCUGCGGCACUGGUGUUGGGCCCUCUGCUCUUUUUGGCUCUUCCGACUUCUUCAAAUGAUCGUGGCGCUUCACCAGGAAGUUCCUGGCUGGCCGGUCUUGCCAGAGUCGACUAUGCGGGGUCUUUAACAUUGACACUCUCGGUCGUUCUCAUGCUUUCCAGUCUGGCCUCGCCCCAAAUUCCUCUUUGGCCUAUUCCACUCUCUAUAGCGAUAUUUGGUUUCUUUCUUAUCAUUGAAUCAAAGUGGACCAGUGAGCCUGUCAUUCCCGUGCGACUCUUGCGGAAUCGCAGCGUAUUGAUGACAUGUGUUGCGGCCCUGGGCAUGAUGAUGGCCCGCUGGGCCAUCCUCUUUUUCACCCCCGUAUAUGCGAUUGCUGUGCGAGGCUGGUCCCCUGCAUCAGCUGGGCUUCUUCUAGUGCCAACCAAUGCUGGCUUCGGAACGGGCGGCCUGCUUGUCGGAUGGCUGCACAUACGCAAAGCCAACAGCUACUACAUCUCCUGUUUGAUUAUAUUCUUCCUUUUUGCCACGGCCACUGCGGCCCUCGCUUUUCUCUCUACGCCAACCUCCUCCGCGGUGCUAUACAUGUUGGUCACUUUUCUAGACGGCCUGUUUGCUGGGUCUCUGAUGAACUAUACUUUGUCUCACGUGCUACACCUCACCAACCCCGAGUCGCAUUAUAUCGUGACUUCACUGGUGGCAAUGUCUCGAGGUUUUGCAGGGAGUUUCGGGUCGGCCAUUGGGGGCGGAUUCUUCGCUCGGGUGCUCAAAAGUUCCUUGGAAACAGGCUUUUCCCGGCACGGGCUGUCCCCUCGGCCGGAACUGGUGCGUACUUUGCUGGGUAGCCCAGCCACCGUACUGACUUUGAGCGGCCUCGAGCGGCUGGUCGCCAUCCAGAGCUACGAAUAUGCAACCCGCAUGCUGUUCCUGGCAGGUAGUGCGCUAGCCCUAGCAGCCAUGGCAUUUCAGGCGGGAACUGGAUGGCGCCCGGGGGUAGACGACAAGAGACAAGAUACCCUUGUUUCGGAUGAGGAAUCAUGA